GGUUCAAACUUGAGAGCUCCGUCCUGUCAGUUGCCACUCGUGCCAUUCUCUUUCUUCUCUGCCUCUCUCGGAUCCUCUCCUUCUCUUGCUGCCAUGACUGCUGUUGAGGCCCUAAUUUCCCAUGGAUGCUCAAGUUUGGCUCCGAGGGCGACCGCCCUUUCUCCGUCGGCGGGGCGCCUACACCAUCCUCAUCUUCCUUCCCGGGGCUGCGGUGUUUUUCCUCUCAGGCGCAUGGGCGUCAAGAACCAUCCUCACCUGCAUCUCCGCAAUCAGUUUCGCAUGCGGAGCUUACCUUCUGGCAGACUGAUUCCGUUUGCUACCGCUUCUCACGAAGGAUCGGACAAUUAUCCAGAUGCUGAAGUGGAAAAAAUGAAGAAUGAGCUUGAGAAACAGUCGGAGGAGUCACAAGAAGCAUGGAAGAGCACAAUAGAAUCUUUCAAAGAGCAGGCUGCGAAAAUGAAAGACAUGUCAGAGGAAGCGUAUGAAUUGUAUUCUAAGAAAGCCAUGGUGGUCUUUAAGGAUUUCUCUGAGCAGGUCAAAGUACAAACAGAGAAAGCUAGGAAAGAUAUGUCUCUGAUUGCAGAAGAAGUCACCACAGAGGGAAGGGAGUAUCUUUCUUCUGCAAUGGAGAACCCUCCAGAGCCAGUAAAGGAAAUAGUGGAAACUUUUACUAGUGAAGGUGCUGAGUUGAAAAAAAUAUCUGAAGUUCGUGACUUUUUCCUUGGAAUUCCAUAUGGUGCACUGUUGUUCAUUGGUGGCUUUCUCUCCUUCAUGCUAACUGGAAGCAUUCCAGCAAUUAGGUUUGGCAUGAUUCUAGGAGGUGCACUGUUGUCAAUGAGCAUAUUAAGCUUAAGAUCAUGGAAAGAAGGAAAAUCUUCUGCCUUAUUUUUGCAGGGUCAAGCAGGUAUUGCAGCUAUCCUUUUUGUGCGUGAGGCUCGUUUGCUUUGUCAGAGACCAUCAGUUUGGACUUCAAUCAUGGCCUUGAUCAGUGGGAUCAUGGCAGCAUUCUAUGUGUAUAGGAUCAAAAUAGAAUCUUGGAACAGAGAAGGUGAAAGUGGCAGUUUGAACUGACAGGCAAAAUAUGCAUAGCUUUACUUUGUCAGUGACGAAUGAUGGAUCCUGUUGGAGUUCGAUCUUCCUCCUCCUUAACACAGCUAAGCUUCUCGUCAUCUGAUAUUUCUUUCUUUCUUCUCGUGUAAUUGCUCUCCUUUUUCUUUUGUCAAUUUAUUCCUUUUCUUAUAAAGCGAUAGUCUUAAUGA